AUGACUCGUGGUUGCUUUCUAGUAUUGACCAUGUUUCUCCUUUUCUUCCUCACUUCUUCGUAUGCACAAACGGUCAACAAAACAGACCUUCAGCUGGCCAUGAAUGAUAUGAGAUCUCAAUCUUACGAUGGAUUCGUUAUUCUCCUCAAGAUGUUGAAUAGUACUUCCUUCCCAUACCGAGGCAUCACUCUCUUCAUGCCAAGUGACUCUCAAAUAUCAGGAACUUCAGUUUCGGUAGAUAAUAUUGAAGUUUUCAUGUUACGCCAUUCAAUUAGGAUGCCACUCUCGUUCGAAGAACUUGCUCAUUUUCCAAAUGGCUCUCUUGUUCCAUCAUUGUUUCACAACCAUCUACUAAGAAUCCAGAACCAAGGGAAUGCAAGUUUUUAUAUUGAAAAUGCCAGGAUCAUGUCGCGGAAUGUCUGCCUGAAAUCCCGCAUCAAAUGUCAUGGAAUAGAUGCAGUUAUAACUUAUGAUAACAAUCAAAAUAAUAAUAAUAAUGAUGGACCUUAA